GGUUGCCUUGCGUGACGACGUAGCUAUUUUACUGUUGGCACUUGGCGGCUUCGGGUGUUUCCCAAAAGCUCUUUUCAGAACGAGCCACUCAUGGAGAUCCGCGCCCUCUUCCUCUUGUUCUUCGUCCUCCUUAGCGGCGAUGCCUUCGGAAGAAGUACCGAGGGAGCGUCGGACCAAGAGACCAACCAGGAAGAGUCUGUAGAAAUUCCAUCUUCAGAAGACUCAGGGGAAGCCUUGACGCCGUGGGAGCUAAGGGCAGGGCUGUCGGAGCGGAGAAGUCAGUCACUCUUUACAGAAAGUCAAGGACACGUCCAACAGGACCAAGGGUCAUCGGUCGCUCACACGCCAGGAGAGGGAGCCAGGGUUCCCGUGUUUCCUCAAGCUCCUUCGCCAGCUCUAGCUCCAGUUCCAGCUGCUCCGGCGUCUACGCCGCUCUCAUACAUCAUCCGACUUGUGCCAGUGUUCAUGUCGUCGCAGUUCGUGGGCGCUCCGGGCGGCGUCAACGGCCUGUAUUCGCCCCCAAAUCCAGAACCAGAUACAAUAAUAAACUCUGCCCCACCGAGUGCUGCGCACUCAAGCCGUGUUUCCCAUCCAUGUAUCAAAAAGUGCGAGUUUCGCAAUAUGAAUGGAAAGUGUGAAGUUAAUGAAAUAUGUCGUUUCAUGAUGGGGUAGGAAACAAUGAACCGUAUUCAAAUGUAGAAAAGGUGUGAGAAUUGAAAAUGAAUAUUUUCACAAUAUUAUUAAGAUAGUCAUGCUCAUGUAUACUUUAUCUAUGUAAACAACCGUGUUUCACCCUUCCCGCCAGGUAUAAUUAAUCAAGGCGUCAUGAAUACCUUUUUAACACUUAUGUACUUUUAUUUUACCUGUUCAGUUUUAAGUGUGAAUAUCAAGUUAUCCCUGCGUGUUUUAUAUGUUCUCCCUUUUUUACAUUUGGUACUUUUGAUAUUUUAAUGUUUCAAUUUUACAGUCAAUAUGUACUUAUUAUAAAACAUAAAAUCACACUACCAUGUUGGGGCUCGAGAAUGCUGGGCUGAGUAUUUUGAGCAAUUGUAUCAGGUUAGCCCUCCAACAAUUAAUUUGGGCGGAGUGGUGUAGCAAUCCACAUGCCAGGUCCAUCCAGCAGCGAAGAACCUUCAUAUCCUGACUAAGGUUUGGGAGGGGGGGGUCGAUCUCGAAGCUGAGGGGUGACAAAGCAGUGGGCAAAUGUGUAUCCCUGUUGAAUUACUAAAGGCUGGUGGUGAACCUGUGGCGCAUGGCUUGCAGGUUGUUCUGGUUACGAUCCGGUAGUCCAGUACCAUUUCCCCCGACCUGUUGACGGGUGUGACCACACCUCUUUAAAGUGACAUAGCAUACCAAGCAAGGUUCUCGUUCACAUUCUUCUGAGACGUAUCCGAGCCUAUCUGCUGAGACAACAGAGACCGGAGGAUUACUGGAUUAAUAGCAAGUCUGUAUACUGGGACUGAAAGUUAUGUAUGUCGAGUUUCCUGUUAAUUCAGGGGGGGGUGGGGUAAGUCUGUAUUGUCGCACCAACGCUUUUCAACACUUGCAUAGACUGGUUGCUGGGUACAGCCUAAUGCUUUUACCAAUGAAAUGAAGCUCUUGGGUUAAGGGACUUCUGAAUAUAUAUAUACACACAGAUAUACAGA